GACUGUGGGAAGAGCUUCACAACAUCAAGGGCUCUGACAGUUCAUCAGAGAACACACACAGGAGAGAAGCCUUUCUCCUGCUCUGACUGUGGGGCGAGUUUCUCUCGACUAAGCAACUUAAAAACACACCAACGUAUACAUACGGGCGAGAAGCCUUACUCCUGCUCUGACUGUGGAAAAUGCUUCACAACAUCAACUGAGGUAAAAGUUCAUCAGAGAACACACACAGGAGAGAAGCCUUACUCCUGCUCUUACUGUGGGAAGAGUUUCUCCCGAUUGGAUACCUUAAACACGCAUGAACGUAUACAUACAGGAGAGAAGCCUUACGCAUGCUCUGACUGUGGAAAAUGCUUCACAACAUCAACUGAGCUAAAAUCUCAUCAGAGAACACACACGGGAGAGAAGCCUUUCUUCUGCUCUGAUUGUGGGGCGAGUUUCUCUCGACUGGGCCACUUAAAAACACAUGAACGUAUACAUACAGGAGAGAAGCCUUACUAUUGCUCUGACUGUGGAAAAUGCUUCACAACAUCAACUGAGCUAAAAGUUCAUCAGAGAACACACACAGGAGAGAAGCCUUACUCCUGCUCUGACUGUGGAAAGAUUUUCUCUCAACAGAGCAGCUUAAAAACACACCAACGUAUACAUAAUGGAGAAAAGCCUUACUCCUGCUCUGACUGUGGAAAAUGUUUUAAAACAUCAACUGAGCUAAAAGUUCACCAGAGAACACACACAGGAGAGAAGCCUUACUCCUGCUCUGACUGUGAAAAGAGUUUCUCUCAACAUAGCAGCUUAAAAACACAUCAACGUUUACAUAAAGGAAUGAAGCCUUACUCCUGCUCUGACUGUGGAAAAUGUUUUAAAAUGUCAGCUGAGCUAAAAGUUCAUCAGAGAACACACACAGGAUAGAAGCCUUACUCCUGCUCUGACUGUGGAAAGAGUUUCUCAAAAUUGGAUCAAUUAAAAACACACCAAUUGUACAUAUAUGUACAGUGCUUUUGGAAAGUAUUCAGACCCCUUGACC